AUGCAGCCACGUGCCAAAUUUUCCAGCGCUCGCCUGAGCGAGCAGAUGAACCGGGAGAAGAAGAGAAGACAGAAGAAGAGCACGGACUGGCAGUCAAGCUGUUCUUUUCUUGCGCCGUUCAUGAUCGGUCUUGGAAGCUUCUGGAUUGCAGUGGCGACGAUUCCUUGCAUGGCUUCCAUUGCCUACUCGGGUUACCUUCCACGCGUUUGCGCAGCACGUGUUCUCAACGACUUCGUCCUGCACUACGAGCCGCUCUCGUACGAACCCAUCGGCGUAGGCAACAGGCGCUGGAAGCGCUCAGCUGCGCAACACCAGGCCCCGCACAGAGUCGAGCUUGUAUUCAGGUCCCACAAGAGAGAGUUCAGGCUGCGCCUCGAAAGGGACCGGUCCGCCUUCGCCGACGACUUCACCAUCGAGACUCCCCGAGGCCCAGAAUCGGACAGCCUGGAUCACCUCUAUUCUGGUGACGUCGUGGGGGCACCUAACAGCCGCGUGGUGGGUUCCAUCAUAGGAGGCGUGUUCAGCGGCCGCAUUUCGCUUCCGCGCGAGGAUUUCUACGUGGAGCACGCCGGCCACUUCUUCCAGGACUCUCUGCCCCCUUUCCACUCGCUCAUCUACUCGGCGAAUGACGUCAGCUUUGCCGGAGGACGCUGCGGUCUCCACGGCGCCACCAUGGAUGCCGUGGAACGAAUACGGCGCCAAUACCGACGGCGGCAACAAUAUCCGCAGCGCCGUCUAAAGCGCUCUGUGCCGUACCUGGACCUAAAAGCUGCAUCGAUGGCCGGUACGGUUCGAAGGAACGCUGCAGCGGCCCGUAGUUCCGGCACUCGCGCUCGAAACACUUCGCAGCGGCCGCCGUCAGAGCGCGCUCGGCUGGCGCAACCCCAGGGUCCGGUCCGAAAAACGUACGUCCAGCGUGUGUGCAACCUCGAGAUUGCCGUGGAUCACACGCUGUUUGAGGCAGUGUCCUCCUGGCAGGGAGGCGAGCAGGACAAGAUUCUCAGGGCCCGCCAGGAGUUGACCAGCAUGGUGGCCAAGCACGUGAAAGCCGUGUCGGAGAUCUUCGGAGGCACUAACUUCAACGGUCUGACUGGCAUCGAGUUCGUGGUCCAGCGCCUCGUGAUCAAUGACACCAGCGACUGCCAAGGAGCGGCGAUGCUGACGAACCCCUUUUGCCUAGACAGCCUGGACGCUCCCCACGCGUUGCACGAGCUGUCCAAGAUAAACCACGAUGGUUUCUGUGCGUCGUACCUGUGGACCCACCGAGACUUCCCCGGAGGAACGCUGGGCCUCGCCUACAUGGCUGAACCUGAUGGCUUCUCGGGCGGCAUAUGCGAGCAGUUCCAGUCCGGAGGCGGCGUGGUGGUGGACACUGGCACCACAGGCUACGUCGGCAGGCUGAGCCUCAACACGGGCGUGGUCACCUUCCUCAACAAGAACAUGCGCGUGCCGCAGCGGGUCUCCGAAAUCACCUUCGCCCACGAAUUGGGCCACAAUUUCGGAGCGCCGCAUGAUGAGCGUCCGGACUGUGUUCCCGACGGUUCCGGCGGCAACUACAUCAUGUAUGCCAGCGCUACGCGCGGCAACAAGCCGAACAACCGACGCUUCUCCCUAUGCAGCGUGCGCAACAUAUCGGCUGUCCUGAUGCAGAUGUUCACAAACCGCGGCUCCCGCCCAAACUGCCUGCAGGGUGAGGUUCACUGA